CAAAGGGGCAUGGAGCACGGGCCGUCAUGCAUCUGGCCAAGAGGAACUAGUAGUCUGGCGAUAUCUCUUGAUCAUGAUGUCCCCACUGAUCUGCAGCGGCACCACGUGAUAGAGCUACUAGCACCUGAUGAUGAUGGAGCAAUCACCGAUCAGUUUCUGAAUCUGACCUUUUGCGAUCGCAUGAUGGAUCGCGACGCGAUUUUGAAGCACGUCGCGCUCACAGACACUCUCAACACGGAGUGGUCGCAUCUCCGCACAAUCAUCAAGGAGAAAGUCACUCAGAAUGUUGAACUGUUUCUAUCGGGUUCCGACAAGCCUCCACCUACCCCGACUUUCUCGCCCUCUACGACCCCGUCUGGGGGUCUCAAGUUGCCGCCUUUCCCGUCCCGUUCCCCAGUGGUGCGCACUCCAGUGAACUAUAUGACAGCAGAGGAAGCGAACGAGAUGAGAGACACUGUUUUCGGAUUGCUGGACUCUUUCGACUCGUGUAAAUCCGCCAUUUACAGUUCAGAGGCUAUGCGAAUUGUGCCUCUACCCACAGAAACAGUAUACAUCCGUGGGAAAGUAUCUGAGGGCAGUAGAGAAGACCCUCCUCGUCACAUCGACCCUGGACUGCUUCCCACCUCUCACCGAAAGCGAACUGGACACGACCGUGCGGGUCAUGGUUUCCAUCGGUUUCCCAGCUGUCCCAAAUACGCCAAUGUUUUCUCCUGUAUCUUUCCUCCACAACGAUGCACGCCGCUCCAAAUCCCGCAGCCCUCCGCCUUCGCCCUUGAUCCUUGCGGCCGGUGCCGCAGAAUCACAUCCCGAACCAUUGGAAACCAAAUCCCUGGGCUGGUCGAUGAGCUCGAUGAUCCCAGUCCAGGACAUCUCAGUGAACAUCCAGUCGCUCUGUCCUCGGUUACGUCGACGGAGGGGACAGCAGUCGGUGUGCUUAGCGACAGGUUUGUAUCCGCACAUGAGCAAGAGGAGGAGCCGCCAGUUGAUGAGAAGGAGGGCGACAAAGAGAAUGCACAAGUGUAACUGUUUGUAUUAUUUAGGCGUAGUCUCGUUUGAUGGUUUCGAGUAAAACGUUCAUGCGUUUCUUCAUGUCUGGCUGACCGCGGCCGUGGCCUCGCCCCCGACCGAUGGAUGAACCCCCUCGCUGGCGUUUUCCUAAAGGAUCGGAGCGGUAUGUGUGCAAGGAAGCCGGAGAGUAAGCUUCGCGAGCAAGAUCUCGGGACGUCGGCUGAGAUGAAGGAUGGGAUUGUUCUGUCCGGCGGCUGGAUUCCCCCUGACUCUGAGAGCGGCUGUUGGAUGACCUGCCAUACUUUGCAGGUUUAGGAAUUUUGGGAUGCUGCUCGGCCAUUCCCAGUUUCGUAACUGUUGCUUCAUCGGCACUGUGAACACGAUUGUCGCCAGCAUCAUCCUCAGACCCAACACGAGACUCUGAGUGCUUUACAUCCUUGGCCACCCGAGACCCUGAUCUCCUUUGCUCAGCCUUCCAUUGACUCUUGAUUUUAGCGUUGGUCACCCAAGCUUGUUUUAGUUUUUUCGCUGCGCUGGAUUUAAGAAAGAGAAGAGAUAUGAUGCGAUUUAAGAACCUCUGUUCGACGGCAAAUGUUGGAAAGAGGGAGGAUUUCUCCGCUUUGUACUGUUUUCAGCAACAGCGGCCAUGGUGGUUGUCAAAUCGAG